AUGGAUCACUACUAUUCUCACGGUUUUGUUGAUGCCAGGAACGCCUGGGGUCAUAAGUUCAACUGGACUCCUCAGCACCAGACUGGCCCUGAAAUAAACCACUUGCUCUAUUCAUAUGACAAGUUAGCUACAGAUGCCUUGGAUCAGUUGGACUAUUUCUCCCCUCCUAGCACAAAAGGAUGGAAGUGUCCCCAUGGCUCAGGCCCAGGGCAAAGGGACCUUUACCAACUUCUGAAGAAAUACUCCAGUUCGGAUGAAGUACUAGGCCAGCUAUGGAAAGAAGCCUCCACAGUCCCUGAAUGGGUUGACUGGGAGCAAAUUGAGCGUGGACAACAAGUGGUGUAUCAGUUCAGCGGACAGAUUCUCUUCGGACUCUUGUAUAAGUCAUUACUGGGUGGAAUGGGUGCAUACCGAGUCGUCGAAACCCUCUCUCGAACCGGAGGCUUUGGCGUCAACGUCACUAGACGUCGUCUCUUAGAAACUCUCCAACAUUUCAUGGAAGUCGUCGAAGACAUCGAUUCAAUAAAGCCAGGCGGGAAGGGUAAUAUCUCGUCAAUACGAGUGAGGCUCUUGCACGCUUCAGUUCGAAGACGACUCAUGCAACUCGAACAAGAAAAGCCAGGAUACUUUGACAUGGAGAAAUGGGGAGUGCCAAUCAACGACUUACAUACUAUUGGUACUAUUGCAGUGUACUCAGUGGCCAUUGUGUUCGUUGCCCUUCCUAGGCAAGGUAUCUAUCUCAGUGAGCAGCAAACAACUGAUUACUUCGCCUUGUGGCGUUACGUUGGAUACCUCCUGGGAACACCUACAGACUGGAUGGCUUCACCAGAACGAGCAAAGGUUCUAUGGGAGUCUAUUGCAGUAUCUGAGGUAGCUCCUUCAGCAAACUCACGAAUCCUCGCAAACAACAUCCUCACAGCAGAAGCUCGAGUUCCACCACUCCAUAUGCCUCGCGAGUUGCUUGCCGCACAUGCGUAUAGACUAAACGGGGAUGAGUUAGCUGGCGCACUCGGUAUUGAGAAGCCUAGUUUGCGCUUUCGUGCUCUUGUAUGGCUGCAAUGUGCAUUUCUCUUCUUUUUUAGUUAUACUUAUCCUUGGCUGCCGACUGAUAUGCAAAAAGAGCGAGAGCGAAAAUUCAAACACUUUGCAAAUUUUAUGAUCAACAACACAAAAGCAGGCGGUCUCGAUAAAUCAAGCACUUUCGAGUUCCAGUAUCUACCACGUAUCGGUAUGCUCACAGAGCUAGGCAUAAAAACAGAACAGGAGGCAAAACUAUCGACAUCGGCCGAUACUUCGAAACUUUCGAUUGCUGUAAAGAAGGCAGUGCUUGUAGUCGGGUCACUUGCUGGAGCCAUGGCGGCGUACAACUGCGCCAGCUGGGCAAAUGCCAUUUAG